AACGCUGGUAUGAGACGAUUUCUCUGCUAAAACAGAGAACAUGGCGUCGACUCGCCGUGAGUCGCCAACUCCUCCGUGGAGUGCGGCUCUCCGGCUGUUAGAGGCCGGGUGUUUUGCUCCGAUCCGAGGGAAACAACUUCUGGCCAUCACCAAGACAAUUGUAGCGAGGAAAGAUGAGAUGUUGAGCCAUGAGAAGAACGACACGUUUUACUUACUGUUUGCAGUGCUGGCGAGUCAUCACAUCUCCUGUGGCAUCAAUGAAUUCGGGAGGUUGAGUCUUCCAGCAGUUCUUCAUGCGAACCAGGUCCUUUUCAAGUUUCUGCUGAAGUCCCUGCUCAGCCCAGAUACCACACUUCCUGUUUCACAGCUCCAGCUGGUACUGGUUCUGAGGGGACUGUGUACAGGAGUCCCCAUGCUGGCCCAACACAUGGUCACCAGCUGGACAGACAAAAUCAAGGCAAGCAGCAUACCACAGGAACCAACUCCAACUAAAGACCCGCCGUCCCAGGCUGAUGCAGAGAAAGCCGAGGUUGUCCCAUCAGGAGACCUGCUGGAGGAGCUGACUGUGUCCAGCCUCCCUCCUGAGUGUCAGACAGAAGACGGAGCCAUGGACCAAGGAGAAGCCGAAGCCUCUGGGUCUGCCACAGCUGGUAGUAACCUGGCCAAGUAUUGGAUGUCUGCUAACAUCUCCAGCCUGAGUGAGCUGGGAGCCACCGACACACUUCUGCAGAUGUGCUGCCGGCUGCCUCAGCUGCAACGGUUCAUGGAUCAUCACAGUCAGCUGCUGUCAGGACAGUUACAACUUCUGCCCACCAGUGGUCGGGACGCUGCAGCCCUCAGACAGAGCCUGAAAGUUUUGACAGAUGAGAUCGGCGUUGUGUGGCACCUGAUGUCAUUACCCAUACUGGAGCCGCUGACACCUGACCGGGUGGACACACUCACCAAGAUCAGCUGUGCCUGUCUGCAUGUGGGUCUGGCCGUGACUGCAGCACAUACUGUCACAUGCUCAGCUGCAAGUACACCUGCUAAAGGUAGCACCUCACAUCACCUGGAGGAGGAUCAUCUCCACUACACAGCCUCUAUUGUACAGAUGAGUUUAGAUGUAUUUGACUCCCUGUCAGCUUUACUUCAAAACUCAGUGAGGGCCAAUGGAAUGAUGGUGCAGAAUAUCCGAUUACUGGAGGCCUGGUGCAUUCUGGGUGCUUUACAUACCGUGAUGGGGCUGUCGUCAGCAGUGGCGGUGGAGAAGGCCAAGGACCCUGUGGCAGGCAGGAAGUCUGAUGGCCCUGCAAAAACAACAACCACACGCCCACUCUCCGGCAAAGGAUACCAGGUUGGAAUGGACGGGCUGAUUGUAGCCCUGGCUUCUCAUGGGUUAUCUCAGCUCAAGAGUCUGUUUGAUGACUUCCAUCUGGAGUACCGGAGUCAGAAGACGUCGCCCCAGUUGAGUCAGUACCAGAAGGUUGACAUCAGUACCAGGUACACGGCCUGGGAGAGGAUCCAGCUGCUGACUGAUCAUGUCCCCUUGGUCUCCCUCCUCUUUCAUAUCUUCACAUCGGCUUACAAAAAGGCCUGCAUCCUUCAGCGGCAGAGGAAAGGAUCGCUGAGUUCAGAGCCGGUGGGCAGCUCAGAUUCCAACACCUUCUAUGAAGAUGAUUUCAGCAGCUCAGAGCAGAGCAGUGAAGAAGAUGAGGAAGAUGAUGAUGACAGUGAGCUGAUCCUUGGUCAUUGGUUUGAAGAGACCAUCUCCCCACAACAAGAGGAUGACACGACACAAGAUACAAACGUCCCUUCUCCUGUCCCAGACGGCACUCCCAGGAGACAGGACCUGAAGGGUGUGGCCAGUUUGGACGCUGUCAAACUAGCAACAGACAGGAGUGAUCCUGAAACUUUGCUGUCAUUGGCUACUGAGGUACUGACCUUCAUCACGACCUACCUGGUCAACUCCAGCUGCCUUCCUGCCAAACAGUAUUUCAGUGCAUCACUGUCUGACCAACAAAUGGCAGCAGUAGCCAUUGUUAUUAAAGAUCUGGACAAGGAAUGUACUGACACUGAAGCCUGGUGGCUGCAGGGCCUGUCUUCAACCCUGCUGUGGUUCCUCCAUCAGCUGCUGGUGACAGAUGUGCUGCCUGCACCUGUACAGGUCAAUCUUCUGUCCCACCUGGGAGUGUCCCCGCGCGAGGCUGGGUCCUGGCCGCUGCAGCUGAAGCCGCACUGCCUGGCCGUCCUCACACGGCACCUGCUGCUGCAGCAGAGGAAGCUGGGUACAGCUGCAGACAACAGCGACGUCCUCAACAUAUGGGAGAGGUUUAUUGACACCUUGAAGAACAAGUCAGUCAGCCAGGACACCGCUGCAGAUACAGAUGAUUUGAAUGUAGAACAUCUGCAGCUGCUUCUGAUGCUGUUCCACAACCUCAGCUGUAACAACCGUAGAAAAGUCCUUGUUCACACAGCCAGUGCACUCAUCGCGGUAGCAAAUGCUGGAAACCUGCAGACCAGCAUGCCCCUGACACUGUCCCGCCUGGUUCUGGUGUUUGAUUACUUCAUUCACAACUUUUCUGAAGUUCCUGGGUACCUUGUAGACCAGGUGAGGAGGAACUUGUUUAGUGGACAGUAUGGCGGCGUCAUAAAGACAACACACCUGGAUGACGAGAGCAAAGCCAAGAUGUGGUUCACCUUCUCUGAUUGUGAGACUAACUACAGGAAGAAUGUACACAUGGUGGAGUCAAAUACAGGAAGCAGUUUGAACCCGAAGUUCUAUGACUGCUCCAGGAGAUACCUGGACCAGGGACAUCCCCUGUAUUGAUGAAAUGGCUGUGCGGACCCUGGUGAGUAAGCUGCCAGCAGUAGAGACAGACUACCACCAGCUGUACAUGGCCUGUGUUGUGCUGCUGUCAGCAGGAUCAAAGUGUGUCAUUCAGCAAGAAGGCAACAACAAGACUGCUUCAUA